AUGUCGGGCGGAGACGGCUCCCGACCCCCCUGGUCGCCCGCGCACACACACACUGCACGUUGCACGCGGGGCGCAUUCCCGCGUCCCCAACGGGCCACUGGCUUUCAAGGAGCAGGUGUGGGGACCAGCAGGCGCGUCGGGCGGCCGCCCGCAGGAUCCAGGUCCGAGCAUCAGCAGGUGACUCGGCAGGUGCGGGACGACCUGCGGACGCCCGAGGGGAGGGACCGGCCAGAAGGGGAAGCUAGCCACCGGCCACGUGUGGGUCAGGGUCUAGGGUCCAAGUGGUUCAGCCCCGGGCGCCCGCGGCGUCUCUGCGCACGGCUUCCCCGCCCACCUUGGAACCGGCGUGGCGCCGCCUCCCCCCGCGGCCAAGGGGCGGAAGGUCCCGGGCGCCCGCGCUCGGCCGGCCCCCCGCCGCCCCCAGCCGCGUCCGUCCGCCCGCGGGUCCCCAGCAGCCCGCGCGGCGCCCCAGCCCCGUCCGCCCGGCCGUCCGCGCUCCCGAGCCAGCGGCCGGCGGUGGCGUGUGCGCACGUCAUAUGGGCCGCCCGCCCCCGAUUGGCCGCGGCCGCCUCACCAGACCGCGAGCGGACGGGGGCGCGGGCGGGGCGGGGCGCGCGCAGGCCACGCCCCCGGCGCACGGGGGGGGCGGAGGCCGCGCGGGGUCACGUGACCCGGGGCCCGGCCGCCCGCCUUAUAAACUGA